AUGUGCGUGUAUUCGUACGCUCAUCUUCCAUGCUCGCAUGCUGAAGUUUUGUGCACAUUGGUCCUCCUACCAGAUCUUCGCAGUCAGGUGCGCACAUCGUUCAAGAAGAAAACAUGCAACCCAAAAUUUGACGAAACUUUUGUGUUCCAGGUGCCAGUGAAAGAUUUUGAAGAACGCAUCCUCAAACUAACUGCAUGUGACGUAGAUCGUCUGCGACGUCACAACGUCAUCGGUCACGUGAUCUACCCCCUGAAAACUUCCGGUGUCUUGGCGGAUAAUGCAGAGUGUGGCAAGAAGAUAACCGUCAUCAGGGAUUUGGACCUCGAUGAUUGUAUUGAGAACAGUUCAGAGGACAAGGGUGAACUUUUGAUCUCAAUGACCUACAAUGCAGGCACGGAAAGGUUGAAUGUAGGCGUGUAUGAGGGUAGGAACAUCAAGAAGAUUGUUGAGUCCAAGAAUGCAAAUUUUUACGCAAAGGUUGCGCUGAUGAAGAACCACUGCAUAGUGAAAAGCAAGCGAACGGACACGAUCAAAGAUGAUAGGAAUCCAAAGUUCAACGAGUCACUCUCUUUCAAACAACCAAAUGAAAAUUCACUCAUGAAUGUCUGCAUUGUCGUUUCCAUCUUUCAGAAUCUGCAUGCACAGAGAGAUAAAAUGGUUGGAAGAGUCGUCAUCGGGCCCUACAUGUUUGCACGCGGUAAGGAACUGGAACACUGGAAUGAAGUGAUGACGAAACCACUUGAAAACAUCACCUACUGGCAUAAUAUUACUUGA